GGAAAGGGGGCAGGAGUGGGGGUUGGUGGGCGGAGGCAACUUUCUUUUGCGUUGCCGACUGUGUGGGGAGGUGUUCACGGGUUCGAGGUUCAGAGCAGUGGAGCACUUCAUGAAACCGAAGGCACACUACCCCCGACGGAAUGGGGAGAUUUUGUAUAGACUGCAAGCGGUUGGUGCUUUGUUGAGGAAUGCAUUGUCACUGAGACUGGCUGCUAAACACGCAGACAAGAUGGAUGGAGAGCUCGCCGCCGGGGACUUGCGUGAGUUGGACGAGCCAUGUGACCCGGUGUCGGAUGGUGCAGGUGAAGUUGAAGACGGUGAUCGUGGGGAGGGUGGUACACAGCACGGGCAGGAUGCCGGGACUGUGAGAGAUGAGUUGCGGGGCGUUGAAGGUGCAGGAGAUGGUGGAGGGGAUGGAGGGGGAGCUCGGGUUACUCGCACGACGGCCCCCACCUCCACACAGGCGGUGGCGAGGAGGAGACAAACGACCCUAGAUGUUCAUGUAGGGAACAAGGUCCAACAGGAUCUUUAUCGUCUAUUGGCCCUUGCUAUCUAUCGAGGUGGAGUGCCCUUCAACUGGUUGCGGUUGAAGGAGACGCAGGACUAUUGGAACUACAUAGUCACACUCCUGCGUCCUUCGAUCGUGUCGGUGCCACGACUGCUGACAUACGAGGGAGUCCGCACGAGGAUGAUGGACAUCAUUUUCCACGAGGUAGCAACCCUCAUUGCACCUAAAACGGUGAAGUGGGCUACCACAGGAUGCACGCUGCUGACAGAUGGGGCUAACGACACGACCAACAAGCCCAUCAUGAACUUCAUAGCAGCAGGACAGUCCGGACCCAUCCUCAUCCGGACCAUCGACAUGUCACAUCGGGAGAAGACGGGAGUCGGCCUGGCAGAGAUAUGGGAGGGAGUGAUCAAAGAUGACAUUGGCAUCGACAAGGUGAAUGCCAUCUGCAUCGACAACGCAGCAGUGAUGAAGACAGCAGCCGACAUUUUGCAGUCACACCUUGACCCACGUAUUCGUCGCAUACCUUGGAUCCCAUGUGCAGCACAUUGCUUGAGCUUGCUGAUGAGGGACAUUGCGGCGCAGCCUUGGGCGGCCACUGUCAUGAGGAAGGCGCACUGCGCCGGCCACUGUCAUGAGGAAGGCGCACAAACCAUGAGGAACGCGCUUGUACUGAAGCGACCAGCGGAGACGCGUUUUGGGACAGCGUUCAUGAUGCUCGAGAGGCUAUAUGAGCAGAGAGGUAUGUUAGACAAGCUCGUGUCAGAGGAGUCGUGGGCGCAGGUGUGGUGGACUGGUGAUGCGAGGAGGGAUGAGCCCAAGGUGCGUAGGAUGUGCGGAGACGAUUCUUGGUGGGGGCGGGUGAAGAUGGUUGUGAACGUCAUGGCCCUGUGCUUCAGGUUCCUCAAGGACAUGGACAGGGAUGGAUCGUCACCCAUAGGAUUGUGGAAUUUGGAGAGCAUAUUGCGGGGGAGGGUCAAGGCUCUUGGACUGACGGAGCAUGAGAGGAGGGCGGUCAUGGAUAUCAUAUCCGACAGAUGCAGGAUGAUGCGUCAGCCUGCCCAUGCGGCAGCGUAUCUGUUGGAUCCUCGCCGUCGUGAUAUCUCAUUGCUGGCAGACCGCAMCAACUCCCUCRUGCAGAGYGCGCUARACCACUUGGCUCGCUUUGAGGGUGCAAGUUGGGAGUCUGAUUCUGUGCAUACGCUUUGGCAGGCAUUGUGGACUUUCCAUUGCGAGGACCCUCGCUAUUGGCCGAAGACUGGAGCGCACUGGUGGGACGAGUUUGCGAUCAAGGACGCGGCGGAGGGGGGGAUGCAUGCAGCGAUGUGGUGGGAGGUUCACGGUCACCAGCAGCCGAGACUGCAGACGAUUGCGAAGAGGGUUUUGGGUGGAGGACCAGGUGGAGAACCCUCGGAGGAGAUCGACGUUGACGACAGUGUCCCCGCAGCGGUACCAGAGGACGAGUGGGAGGAGAUCGACAGGAGAAACAGGAGGAAGGAGGGGCGUAAUCGAUUUGGAAAGGGGAAGGCACCGAUCGAGGAUGAGGAUGAGGAUGAGGAGGGUGAUGAGGCCCUUUGGCAGGAUGCGAGUGUGGAUACCGUGAGGAGUCCACGGGGGAGGGUUGGGGGUGGGUUAGAUUUUGAGGAGCUUCUGGGGGUAGGGCAAGAGGAGGAGAGAAGUCAACACGUUCCACAUUCGUUGACUGCCGGAGAGGGAGGACAUACUGGAGGUGUUUCAGUUGAUGCACGUACGUCGGCUCGUGCAGCACCCCAUCACGCUGCUGAGAGGAUUCUGCGAGGGGCAGAGGAGGAGAUGAUUGGGAGGGAGGGUCAUCAUGCGGAUGACAGGCCGGAGGACACACACCAGGUGCGCCAGGUCGCUGAGCAGGUUAUACAUCGAGGCGGGGGUUCACAGAGCAUCACUCAGUCAGUUGUCCAGAGGGUCGUGCUACGUGGUGGGGAUGGUGAUGGACAGAUGGCGGGCGGAGGUGGAGAGCGUAGGGUCAGUGACGUCAUUCGUCCUGCAGUGGUUCAGACCUCGGAGCAGAGGAUUGGUUGUGCUUCCUCAGCGCACGUCAGCCAGAGGGUGGAUGACAGGGCGGACCCAUUACCAGCGUCUGUCGAAGAGCUUGGUGUGGACCAGAGGGUGGAGCAGAGGGUAGAUGGGGUGGUGCACGACAGGGCGGAGCAGAGGGCUGACCAAAGGAUUGAACACCGGAGAGAGCAAGGGAUGGACACAGCUUGGAGGUUCAGGUGGACGUUACCAUGGACGAGAGCGUAGUUCGACGGACGGACGACAGGGGCAGCGAGAGGAAGGGUGUGGCAUCUACACGCGAG